AUGUCAUAUUUAUAUUCCGACCCUCCUGAACUCGUGAUUCCUGAACCCAUCAAGUCCUACCAAGGGAGAAAGAAUGUCCCCAGGGGGACCACUGAUGAUGUUGCCCUGGAUGAUCUGCCUGAAUUUGAACCCUUUGAAGGGGCUCUUCUUCCUCGUGGACCACUGGAUCAGGACGGGGAGAAACACAAGAAGAGCAAGGGAAAGCCACAAGGGAAAGGGGACAAAACUGAUAAAACAGCGACUGAAGGGGCCAUCAUGGACGAACGUCGAGAAUGUCCUGGUGGUCGCAGCCAAAAUACCGCUACGGUGGACAUGGAAGGUAACAUCGCCGCCAUACGAGAAGACAUAAGAAAUAUGGCCAGGGAGAUGAAGUCCGAAUUGGGCAUACGAGAGGAAAUUAAACAGAAGCUGGGCGAAGUGGUAACCGACCUCAAAGCUACAACUGACAGGAGUUGGAGCCCCUCGCCGAAGCUGAACUUGGCAUACAGCGAUGCCAUAGAGCGCUCGGCCCCCGGCCACCCAGUGAUGCGCAGCCCAGGAAUACGAUUCCAAACACCACCGCCAGCCAAGCUACGAGUCUUCUUCGACGGUGGGCCGAUAACCUAUGAGAGCGCAGCAGAAGCGGCACGGGACUUAAAGACCAGGGGAAUCUCUGUCGAGUUGGAGAAGUCGGCUGAUGAGAUUGCGUUCCCGGAGAGGAUGAGGAGGACCUGGCGGCGAGCGGGAGCUGCACCCAGCCGACAGACCCGCCAAGAGUGGAUUAAGGAGAAGCUGCAAGAUAAAUUGGUGGUGCAGAGUGUGGAAUUGCACAAGGACAAGAACAAAGCAGCACAUCGGACCAACUCCUUUAAACAUGAGGGCCUCAUCAUACGGCGGGGUCAGGAGUUCACCCUGACUGUCACCUUUGACCGUGCGUACACUCCAACAGAUAAGGUCAUCUUGGAGUUUACAAUUGGUCAUAACUUCCUCUCUGACAAGGAGACUUACAUCGCGCUGAAUCUAGGAGCCAGUACUGGGAAUAAGUGGCAAACCAGGAACACUGUGAACCGUAACGCAGUAACUGUGAAAAUAACACCUUUAGCAGACUGCAUUGUGGGAAAGUAUUCCCUGCAUGUGAUCGUGGUGACGCCUUUGGGAAAAUUUCGGACAAAGAGAGACCCCAACACAGACUUUUACAUCCUGUUCAAUGCAUGGUGCCCGGAGGAUGGCGUCUUCUUAAAUAACGAGAGUCAGAGGAGAGAGUACGUUCUCAAUGAACAUGGAGUAAUCCACAAUGGAGAAACUCACAAUGUGUACCAGAGGCCAUGGAACUAUGGACAGCACAAACGUGGUGUUCUGGAAGCCUGUUUCUUUGUCCUGAACUCAACUAACAUGCCGCUGGAUAACAGAAGAUAUGCUGCUAAUGUAGCCCGGAGGGGAUCUGCAAUUAUCAACUCUCAGGAUGAUAACGGGGUGUUGGUGGGUAACUGGAGUAAUAACUAUAGCGGCGGCACAGCGCCCACCUCCUGGACUGGCAGCGCAGAGAUCCUUCUGCAGUACCACCACCAGAAUGGCGUUCCUGUGUCUUUUGCACAGUGUUGGGUGUAUGCUGGCGUGUUGAAUACCUUGUUUCGGUGUCUGGGGAUCCCAUCCAGGGUGAUCACCAACUUCAACUCUGCCCAUGACAACGAUGGAAAUAUAAAGACUGAUAUCUAUGUGAAUGAAAAUGGGAAUAUGGACAGGCGCCGUACUCGAGACUCAAUUUGGAAUUACCACUGCUGGAAUGAGAUCUGGACGACAAGGAGGGACUUGCCUGGACGCUGGAAUGCUGCGGGCUGGCAGGUGGUGGAUUCCACACCUCAAGAAACCAGUGACGGACAAUUUCGAUGUGGCCCAACCUCUGUUAAAGCCAUCAAAGCGGCAGAACUGUGUUUGCCUUUUGAUGGCCCGUUUGUCUUUGCAGAGGUGAACAGUAAUGUAGUAUAUCACAGCACCAACCGGUUAGGACAGUCGGAGAUAGUACGAGUGGACACAACCUAUGUAGGGACGAAGAUCUAUACAAAAGCAGUAGGUUCAAAUGGGGUUCAAGACCUCACACUUACCUACAAAAAUCAAGAGGGUGAGUUCAAACAAUGUUAUACUCCAGUGACCAAAAAUAUUGCAAAUGUACAGGAUACAUAUAGAUGUAAAGAUGAUUUGUAUUAG